AUGGAGCGGGACCAAAUCAGACUGAAUUCUGUAAGAAGAAUUGACCCUCAUGUGGCACAGAUUGUGGAUAGUGCCAAUCGAACAGCUUUAUAUUCAUAUGAACUUGAGAAAUCAUGGUCCAAAACUGAUGUAGAAGGCACACUUAUGGUCUACUCGAGAGCUGCACCUCCUCAUCAUAUGGUAACCAUUAUUAACAGGCUAAAUAAAUCAAAUUUCAUUGAACCUCUCACCUCAGCUUGUGACUUACAAGUUAAACCUCCAUAUCUCUUGUUUAGGAACACGAAAGGGCUUAUAUAUGGGAUAUGGUUUUCUGAGGCGGAUGAUGUGCCUCGGAUAGGAAAUGCCAUACAAGAAAACAUGAAAGAUGAUGUAACAGCUGCUCCCCAGCCAGCUGCAUCUGAUAUAAUGGCAGAUCCUGCUGUUGCAGUUGCCGGAGCACCCGGUGGUGAUAUCAUAAGCAUGCUUUCUCGUGCCCAUGGAGAGUUUGAGAGUAAACGACAAGAACCACGCAGUAUGGCCACUGGAGCUACCCAAAUAAAUAAUGAUCUUGUAAAACCUUCCCCACUUAGAGUUCAAGCAGGGGAGCAGAAUACUGUUGCAGACUUUUUUGCCAAGGUAUCGGGAGCACAAGCUGGUGGUACCAUUGGUGGUACCGGUUUACCUUCUCCCUCUAGUACAGGACCUGUAGAUUCUUCAGGAAAUGCAACUUCAGGAACCCACCCAGUAUUGCAAAAAUUAUUCCAGGGUGCAGUUGCAGUUGGAGGCCAAGCUAUGGUACAGCUUCCAGCUGGUGCCAACGUACAGAAUCAGCAGGGAGGAACGAAUCCCAUUCCCAUUCCUGGUUCUGGAGGACAAACUCACCAUCCCUCAACUUUGUCUUCAAGUGUGCCUGGAGCUCCAAUAUCUUUACAAGAACUAGAAGGAAGAUUUAAAGAUAAUUUGAGGAUGUCUAACCAGGCAAAAGAUGAAGAUGCUUCUCAGCUUAAUCCACAUUUAAAGGCUCAACAGUCCCAACCACACCUUUACACCCAGCAGCAGUAUCAGCCAUCAGAACCGUCACUGUUGUCUCCGCAAGUCUUUACUAGUUCUCGAACUUGUGAGCCAUCAUUACAUGAAACUCCCCCAACGGAUAAUGUUGGUCCUCGCAAUUUUCCAGGUUUACUUACCCCUGGUAAUGCUACAACUAUGGACAUGAGACCGUUGAAUGGAUCACAAGAAUCUUUGCAUGAUGGAAUUACUUCAAUUGCAUCACAGAUCACACCCUUAACUCAAGAACAGACUUCGAAGGAUUCGAACCUGAAGAGCUACUGGUGGAGAAUAUUGUCCCUUAGAAAGACCAAGGGCCUGGAAGUGGAUGAAGAUGUUGAUGACCUCGUCGAGAGCACAACGAGGAAAUAA